AUGGUCGAUGUGGUCAGACCUGCGUUGCAGGCCAUUCCGGCGGCCUACAAGGCCGGGAGGCUUGCCUGGGAAUUCUACCAAACAUCAAAGAACUUUGGCCGCGACUUUGACAGCUCCCAACUCGACCUGCGCUGCCAGGAGUGGACCUUCGCCGGCUACUUGAAGCAGUACAAUGUGUGGGUCUCGUCGCCGCUCGGGGGAAGGUCCAACACGGCCAAGGAGGUAGGAAAGAAGAUUGCGUCCAUGGUCAAGUUGUUCAACAAGUGCUACGACAUCAUACGGAAAUACAAUCGUGACUACCAAAAGGAAGAGACAGAGCUGGCCAAGACCCGAGAAGAAGAGUCGGCCAUGGCAGCCUGGGGAGACAUCAUGCACAGGGCCCUGGCCAAGAGGCUGGCCAUGAUCGCUGAAGAGAAGAAGGCCCAGUUCAUGAUCCGCAUAGGGGACGACCAGAUCACUGCUCAACCGGGUCCAGCGAACGCGCCGGCGACGGCCGAAGAGCACCUGGAAAGACUCGAGGCGGACAUCGAAGCCGCCCAGAAACGCGCCGGGCUCCGCAGCCUCCUGCUCUGGGCGGCGAACGGAAAAGACGAGUUCGAAAAGAACCUCCGGGAGCUCAGGGACGCCAACGAGAAACUGGGAGACCUCAUCCCGAGCCUCGUCGAAAAGGACCCCUUUCUCAAGAUCCGCCAGUCCACAGAGCGGCCGAAGCUCUCGGACGACGUAAGAAAGCUCAGGACCGACCUCGAAAACCUGGACCAGGCUCUCCGGCGAGUCAACUCGCCCGAUGGGGGGCAGCCCGUCGUCUUGGCCGUGAAAAUCGAGGACCCCAGCGACACCAAGAGCAAGAUGCAGGGAACGCGGUACGUGCGCGGGCUGAACCUGGGACCGAACCCCAUGUACCUCUUGACCAUGGAGACGUCGCAGACGGACAACGGGCACCCAGAAGAGGGGCUCAUUUUCGUGACGACGCUGUCGGGCCGCAACGGAAGCGCCGACGGCGACAUCCAGAGCCUGCCGCAGAAGCUGGCAGUCCUGAUCACCAACCCUCCCUCGUACCGCACCAUCGGGACGGUCGCCGUGAACGGCCAGCUCAUCUUCCACCUACAGCGGGUCAGGAGCCCGCUCGACACGGUGGUGGCGCAGAACCUAUCAGCCCUCAUCUCUCACGCGGCGCUCCAGCACGAGCAGCGCGUGUUUCUGGCGUCCCAGAUAGCCCUGGCCCACCAGCACUUUCUGCCGUUCAAAAGCACUGCGGGCGCCCGCCGUCUGCGUAGCUUCCACCUCUGCGGCCCGCAGGAGCUGCCACAGGAGCUGCCGAAGCCGCAGCCGCAGCCGCAGCCGCAGCCGCAGCAACCAACCAACGCCGCGCACCCCCAGCAGCACCAACUGAAUUGGACCGUGGUGACACCGCGGCCGCUGUACGCCGAGUUCGGGCUCGGGCGCGAGCAGGACGCGCACGGCGGCGAGAUCCCGGGCGACGACGAGUUCGCGGCGACCAACCUCGACCCGACGGCCGAGCUGGGCCUGCUGCUGUACCAGCUAGAAUCACGCUACGAGAUGCCCGAGGCUGCCGCCGUGACGACGGUGGCCGAGAUGCGCGCAGCGCACGACACGGUGCGCGCGCGGCUCAGGGGCAGUGAACGCACCUUCAACCUGUACAUGCGCGAGGUCGUCGAGACGUGCUUCCUCGAGCUGGAGGCCGGCCGCGCCCCCGGCCCUGACAGGGUCGAGACCACGGUCCUCGAGGUUGAGUGGGCGCUGCGUCGCGCUGUGAGGGUCUUGGCUCGACUGCCUGUCCCUUCUGUUGCCUAA